UGGGACAUUUUCAUUUUCGUGUUAUUCUGAUAUACUUAAUUUUUUCUUUAAUUUAUUCAGUAUUAUUCGUGCUUAUACGUUAUUAAUUCGAAAAAAAUUAAAUGUGAUUAAUGAAUAAGUGCCAAAUUAAUGUUGUGGUUUAUUCGGUAUUAUGAAUCAGUUUGAUCACAAUAUAAACAAAGAUAAUAUGAUCGAUUCUGAUCUGAUUGACGUGGAAUCCUUAGAUUUUUCAGAUGAACAGACUUGGUUGUAUAGAGCAUCUGGUGACUCAGGAGAAAAGUUUGAUUUAUUUGAAUACAAAUUAAACUUUGACUGGCCUUUAAAUGAAGAUGAUGAUUAUAUCAAAGCAAAAGAAGACUUACUGGCUGCUUUGGAUAAUGUACUCAAAAAUCAAGCUGCAGCACCGGACAAGCAUAAAUUCGAUUCACGGACGUUCGUAAGACCAAAACGUCGACCACAAAGACCUAGCAUACAGAGUAUAGUCGAAGUUAAUCCAGCUAUGUCGCCCCACCAGUCGCUCAACCAGUCGGCCAACAAGUAUCUCACAUACAACAAGUAUAACAACCCGUUGGGCCCAAUCAGCCCCAUGUUGCGGCUGAAGACGUUCAAUGUUGAUGUUAAUACGGAGAAUAGUAAUGUUAUCAAAGAGUUUGCGGUGAAAAGGCGUGGUAUGGCUCUGGAUGAUGAUCCACAGGAAUCUAAGUUAGAAGAUGGGGACACGUCAGAGGACCGGACAUCGGAUCAUACACGGUUCAAGCCAAUAAACAUCGACUACUCACAACCGGCGAAUAAUAUACACAAUACAUUUAAUAAGGGUUUGAAUAUGUUUGCGGAUAGAAAUAGUCUCAAUAUGUACCAGAGUGGAGAGUCACUCAUGCGCAUGUCACCACCGAGUCUUGUCUCAUCACUUGUUAUGGAAAAUUCGGGCAAUUUCAACCAUGACUCGCUCGAAGGAAAGAAAUCGUUGCCGCAUAGGGAUUCAGGUCCACCCACCAUAGGUCGCGAGAGUCUGAAUCCGAUGAUGACCAGCAUGACUUUGAGUAUUCUUGACGAUAAAGACAUGAACACCAGUUUUCUUUCCCAAACAACACAUCCCGAUAACGAUAGUCUUCUAGAUUCUCUUCCGCCUAGCUUAGUUAAUUCUGUCAACUCUUCCUACAUUGUAUCAAAUACUUCGAGAAAGGCUGACACUCCAGAUACAAAUAUUUUCAGUUCAGCCACUUUCACACGUUUAGAACAAUCAGAGAAACUUCUAGCCGCUCGACCAAGAUGUCAACUAUUCAAUACAUUCAAACGGGACUCGAUAAAAACUUCCGAAAGCUACACCAAAGCGAGGGAAGAGGCAUGUCAAAUCGAUACCGCGAAAGUAUUAAACGAAAAUAGUGAUAAUUCAAAAGAGUCGCCGAAAAGAAAUGGCGAGAUGAGUGAGACAAUAACGCUGCACUUCUCCAAUAAAUUCAGAGAUACAGAUGCGGAAAAAGAAAAUGUCAAUACGACAUUCGAAAAGGACGAUGCGUUUUUCAAUGAAGUAGAGGUACAGAGACUUGAAGGGAAGACCAGUUUGAACGUUACGAUGGAGAAGCAAGAACUAAACGAGAUUAUUCAGGCUCGGCAGAAGUUGUCUUUGGCUAGAAAGGCGCUUCCAGAAGCUGAUAAAUCUCCAAGCGACACAUCUCCCAUCAAAACGAUACAACUACCUAAUCAAACUAUAACAGUACCACGACAAUCUAUGGAAAACGCUGCAGAAUUAUUAACUAGAAGAAGAGUCAUGAAGCAAGAGGAGUCGUUGAGAGAGCCACCGAAGAGGAAUGCCACAUUCAAGAAACCGUCUCCUAAAACCAAUCAAAUCGAUUCAACUGUGGUGUACGUGAAAUCAAAUGAAACACACAUAAUUGAUAUUAAUUCAGCUACUAUGAAUCUGAUUGACAGCGCCGAAAGGACUCUAAACCCCGAUGAUUGGGGACUGGAAGACCGCGCAAUGGUAGGGUCAACUGAAAGUGCUGAAACCGAUACGGGGACAUUUAGUUCCAGCAGUCCACCGGAUCAUGCUGACCCUAAUUUGCACGUCGCUUCAACACCUCUAGUACUAAAGAAAGGGACGAAGAAUGAGCUUUUGAACUUGCAUCAUACGAUUUCGCCCAUUUAUGACAUCACAGAUCAGUCAUACACGGUCAUCAAAGUCCCAGAUGGAAAUGGUAUGGAGAGAACCUUCGAUCUGAAUACAACAGUGAUAAAUAGUGGGACGGUGGUUAGAAGGGCAGCGCCUAAGCGUGAUAUUUUGACCGGAAAAUCCACGCCAGAGAAGAAAAUAACGGGCCCAGUACAACAGAAACCAAAUACUAUACCUUCUAGUGCUGGAGUCGUAAGAACAAUGCCUCCUCCCACCUGUGUACCAACAAAAAUGGCUUUGCCGACGUCUAAGUUGCGUCAAUACAGCUCACAUAGAGAACUCAAUCGGAUACCAGCUGGCAGAACGAUUCCUGGUAUACCGGGCCGUACGAUGGUGAGGCGUAAUGUGUACGCGUCAAAUCCCGCCCUUAGCCCCACGGCGCCUGCGCAGCCUAUUACGCAAUUGCCGCAAAGGAGACAGUCGGUCGUUAUACCGCCACCUCAGCACGAGGAAAAUGUCGAUAUGCACGUGGAAAAGCUAUCGAAGCCUGCGUUUACAGCGCCACCGGCACUCGUGCGGCAGGGAACGGAAACUUUGCGGAGAGAAAGGCCGCAAAGCCAAUUGGCUCAACCAAAAGAUCUGCGAUUGUCGGCCACGCCCAUCGCGACUGGUGUGCCCGUCUCCAUGCGGAAUCAUUACGCCCCCCCACCAUGUUCGCGGCCAUCUUCUAUAGCGUGUGCGUCGCAACUGCGUGUUUCAAGGCCGACUUCUGUGCCUUCACGUCAAGUGCCAGUGCCAGCUCAGAUGGAGCCGCAGCGGCCUCAAACGGGACUCGAAUCCCGUGCAUCCGCAUUACCGAGACCUUCACGUCUUCCUGCGCCUAGGCGUAUGCUAAGACCGCCAUCAGUAUAUUCAGUUGCGCCGACGGCCGACGUGGACCAAUAUUGACCUCAUGUGCCAAGAUAGGGUUGUACCCUUUACAAAUUAAUGUACCCAUUGACAUAGAUAAUAGUCUCAGCUGUCAGAAGCAUGUAAUUUAUAAAUGUUUGAAAUGUAACUUUUUUUUCUUCAGAACUAUAAGCGGAAUAAAAGAGCCUUGUUUUCUUUCUUCUAAUAAAUACAGAUAAAGUAACAUAGUGUAAACGCGUGGAUUGAAAAAUUCUCGUUGUAAAUUUAUUCAAGAAAGCCAUUUUAGCAAAAUGAUCAAAAAAAAAAUACCUGCCCCAUUCCAUUAGAGAUUAACGGGACCACAAAAAUAUUUAAAAUGUUUAAUAUUUAGGCAUAAGAUUUGACAAGUUAAUUUGUUAGACAUGUCUAUGAGCUGAGCCUUUUCUCUAUGUCAUAACGACUGAACACGAUUGUGUCUUUUCUAAAUAUUUUUUUAAUUUUUAUAUAUAUAUUUUUAGUAAAGGCGACGUUUCGUCAUAGAUAGGAGGCGAUUCGAUUUUUGAAUUUGUGAAAUUUUUUAUUUUAGGCAAUCAUAGAUUAUAGAUCUGUCAAAUUGACGUUGACGUUUUGGAUCAUUUUGAGAUUUGUUUGUAAAAAAUAAGGUAACUUAAAUGAAUUAUAUUAACUUUCGAUAUUCAAAUACAAUUACCGACCGUUGUAAGCAUGGUUAUGUAUUAAAUUAAUAAAAAAAAAAUCACCCAACAUUUGUCAAGACGUAUUGACAUUACAUCAGAAACUAAUUACCAGCACAUAGUUCCUUGUAUUAUUUUCUUUAAAAGAUUAAACAUACAAAAUUUUCAAGAAAAUUUUGCUAUGUACGAAAUCAAAGGUAUGAAAAUCACUUUUCAGUAAAUGAAAAGCUUAUUGACAUUUCGACCUUAAGGGCCGUUCAAGUAUGACGUAAGCAGAUUUACUACAAAUUAUCCCCUUCCCUUCGUUAGCAAAAGUAAUCAAAGCUCUCAAAAAUAAUAGUACAAAA